CUCAAACACAACACAAGUGUUUCUUGAUGAUGAUGGGAGAUACAAUGGGAACAUUUGGUUCAAGCAUGGCAAGUUUAUUCUUCUUCUGGGCAACGUUUCAACAAAUAUUCCCUGACCACCUCAAAAUCGCAAUCAAAGAGUUCCUUUUGUCUACAAUCCAACAACUCUCAUUUGUCCAAAGAUUCUCCGACCGUGUCAUCAACUUCUUCUCUCCUUACAUCGUCAUCAGUUUCCCGGAGUACGAAGAGUACCGUUUCAACCACGCUUUCGCAGCCAUCGACACUUACCUUGGAGCCAAAGCAAUCGGUAAAGCCCACAAUAUUAGGGCAAGUCAGGUUAAAGAGAGCAAAGGUCUAGUUUUAAAACGUGAUGAGGCUAAAGUUACAGACGUGUACAAAGGAGUUAAUGUAUGGUGGGAGAUUGUAACAUCUACCGAUGGAGACAGAACACACAAGCUCACUUUCCAUAAACGUGGAUUAGAGAUUGUGACCGGCUCUUACAUCAAGUAUGUGAUGGAAGAAGGGAAAUCAAUCGAGGCCAAAAACAAGAAGAGGAAGCUGUUCACUAAUAACCCUAGUUAUACUUGGGGUUCAAGCAAGAAAAGCUUGUGGAGACACAUUGAUUUCGAACACCCUUCGAGUUUUCAGACACUAGCUAUGGAUCCUGUCAAGAAAGAAGAGAUUUUAAACGAUCUUGAGGCGUUUAGUAAUGGGAAAGAGUAUUACAAAAAGAUUGGGAAAGCUUGGAAAAGGGGUUACCUAUUGUACGGACCACCAGGGACUGGUAAGUCCACCAUGAUCGCUGCUAUGGCGAAUCAUUUGAACUAUAACAUCUAUGAUCUCGAACUCACUGCUAUUCAGAACAACUCGGAGUUGAGGAAACUCCUCACCGCGACAUCGAGCAGGUCGAUUAUUGUGAUAGAAGAUAUUGAUUGUUCUGUAGACCUAACGGGUAAGAGAAAGAAAAGAGAUGGUUACUUGAGUGGCAAGAAAGAUGAAGAAGAUGAAAACCAAAGCAAGGUCACACUCUCUGGUCUUUUGAACUUCAUAGAUGGGAUAUGGUCGGCUUGUGGACAAGAGAGGAUUAUUAUAUUCACGACGAAUCAUAUUGAGAAACUAGACCCGGCUUUGAUCAGGAGAGGGAGGAUGGAUAUGCAUAUUGAGUUGUCUUAUUGUGGCUUCGAGGCGUUCAAGGUUCUUGCUAAGAACUACUUGGAUCUUGAUUCUCAUCGUAUGUUUGGUGAUAUCGAGUCUUUGCUGAAGGAAACAAAGAUCGCUCCAGCUGAUGUAGCAGAGAAGUUGAUGGCUAAGAAUCAUAAAAUCGAUAUCGAUGGAUCGCUGAAAGAGUUGGUUGAGAGUUUGGAGAAGAGGAAGAAGCAUCAGAGAGGUCAAGGUGAUGAUCACAAGAAGAAGCUUGGUGGCAAGAAAUUCAGAGUAUUUCGCGGAUUAUUUUAGAAUAAUGUCUGAUUAUAUCUUUAUGUUUUGAAUCCUUUUAGUUUUUUACCUGUGUGAAUGUGAUAUAUGAGCUGUAAGAAUUUAUGUUUGAUCAUAAUAUAAUAAGAGAAUUUUUCUAGGA